GUUGCGCGAGCAUUUCCACAGAGUUACUGCGCUCACGGGGAACGGGCCGAGACGCACGCGGGACGCACGCCGCAAACAACGCAGCCGCCACCAACGCUCCGUAAGCCCCUGCUGCUGUCGCUGCCGCUGUUUUUGCUGUCAUCGUUGUUUUGGUGGUGGUGGUGUUGCUGUUGUCAGUGUUAUUCUGACGUCGCAAGCGGCCGAGAGGAAACUCGCAAAACUCGACCCGUAAGCCGGUACCGCAUCUAACGGACGACGGGUACAGCAGAUACGCACGCAGGUACGCACGCAGCCCGUCGAGGACCUUCGCCCCCCCCAACAUGGUUGCAGCGCGAGCGGGCCCCACGUGGCUGCUGACGGCCGCGUUCCUCCUCACCCUCGCGGCCACGGCGGCCAUGAGCACCGGCGCGGGGCGGCAGCAGCAGCAGCAGCGCUGGAGCAGCCCGGCGGUGCCGCGCCGGCCGCGCCAGCCGCAAUUCUUUCUGGAUUUCGCGGCGGCGGACGAGGCCCUGGAACUCUCCGGGGACGGCACAGACUCGGGGUAUCUGCCCGGGGGCUCGGGCUACCCUGGGAUGCGUCCGACGGUGGGCCCCAAACCACCGGUGGUGCCCAAACCGCCGACCUCCCCCGUGGCGCCCCCUCAGCCCCCCUCCGUGGGGUGUCCCUUCGGUUGCCAGUGCAGCCUGCGUGUGGUGCAGUGCUCCGAUCUCGGCCUCAAGUCGGUGCCGGCCGGCCUCCCGAAGGACGCGCGGAUGGUCGACCUCCAGAGCAACAAGAUCACAGAGAUCAAGCAAGACGACUUCAAGGGCCUGGCCCAGCUGCACGCGCUGUUCCUGGUGAACAACCUCAUAGCGAAGGUACACCCCAAGGCGUUUGCGCCCAUGCUGAGCCUGGACAAGCUCUACAUCUCCCACAACCGACUCACGGAGGUCCCCACGGGGCUACCGCCCUCGCUCAUCGAGCUGCGGAUCCACGAGAACUUAAUCAAGCGCGUGCCCAAGGACACGUUCAUCAACAACGGGCAGCUUCACGUCAUCGAGCUGGGCAAGAACCCGCUGCCAAGCUCAGGCAUCGAGGUGGGCGCUUUCAACGGCCUGGACAAGCUCACCUACAUCCGCAUCUCCUACUCCAAGCUCACACAGCUGCCCAAGGAGCUGCCAAACUCCCUACUGGAGCUGCACCUGGAGGGAAAUGAGAUCGUUGCCAUUGAGGAUGAAGACCUCUUCGGGUACCCGUACCUCUUUCGACUGGGCUUGAGCUACAACAAGAUCACAGAGGUGCAGAAUGGCAGCCUCGCCGUGAGCGGCAACCUGCGCGAGCUUCACCUGGACAACAACCUCCUGGUCAGCGUGCCGCCGGGCCUGUCCAAGCUCCGCAGCCUCAACGUGGUCUACCUGCACAGCAACAAGAUCAAGGAGGUGAAGCCCACCGACUUCUGCCCAACGGUGUUCAGCCCCAAGCGCGCCCAGUAUGCCGGCAUCUCGCUCUACGACAACCCCGUCAAGUACUGGGAGGUCCCACCCAGCGUCUUCCGCUGCGUCCACAACCACAACGCAAUCCACUUUGGCAGCAAUUACCGCAAAUAGCCGCCGCGGUCUGCGCGGGCCGCAUUUACACUCGCCGGGUUAGCCGGCAACCCAAGCGGACACUUGCACGGGGACAACUAUACAGCCGGUUAGCCAGUCCCCGAGCCCGCCAGGUACACAGCCAACCAGUCUCGCAGCCAACCAAACAGACACUCACAAAGCCAGCUCGCCUGCUCGCUUGCUAACCAGCCAAAGAGACGUACAAAGCCAGCCAGCUAAACAGGCACUUGCAUAGCUAGCCAGCCAGCCUGCUAACCCGCUAGAAUGGAAGCCAGCCAGUCUGCUGGCUAACUAACCAGCUACACUUACACAGCCAGCCAGCACACGAGCCAGGCCACCAGCCAGCCAAAGAGACUGAUAGAGGCAGCCAGCGAGCCAGCCCACGUGCACCACCCAUGCCUGUCGAGCGCCGCGAGCACGAGCGCCCAAGUCGGCUAAAUCGAAGCGUCUGUUUUGAAAGAAACAAAACAAAAUCAUUCCAAUAUUCGCUAACAGUCUUAGAAAGGCGGUGGUCACCGCAUCGCGCGCUCUCAGAUGCACUUCUGUGGCUGCCUGGAAGCCACUGGAGCCACGCACUUUUAAAAUCUACAUUUAAAACUCAUUUCUUUAUAACUGCUUUUUGUUUGUUGUCCUUCCCCCGCACUCUCCGAUUAGCGUGGUCGGCUAUGUACGGUGCGAAAGAAGUUCAACACAAACGUACAAAGUGAUGUAAAGGGGAAGCGUAGCACUGGUUAACAGCCGUGCCUGCUAACGGCAUCAACUCCCGGGUCAAGCUUCACACCGCACCGGUAAAGUCAACCAUUAGCUUGCAGUCCCUCGGCCACUGUGUGCCAACGUCACCGUCCGCAGUGGAAACCUUGCCUGCCAAGUCACUGAAUUGGGAAACGCACAGCGAUCGUCACCCGCUUUGUUUGGUCCGAACACCCGGCAGGACCCUCGUGACACUCGGCGAGGCUUUCCUGGGAUAAAGAGAAUAACAAUAAAUCAUAAUAUACUAUGAGUAAAUUUUCCUAAAUGCUGCAUGGUAUUUAACAUCUAACCAAUUGGGCAAGCAUUCGCUACACCCUUACAUUUUAACGGCCGCGUUACUUUGAACUCCCCUACGAACACACGGUCCAACAAAAAAAACGAGGAGGGGGUGCAGUCUUGCAAACCCGAGAAAGCUUCUCCGCGAGAAUCCUUUGCGAAGCACCGAACAUUCUUCAAAGUCCAGAACACACUUUUCAAAAUCUAAUGCAAACCAAACAAAUAGUGCCCCCCCCCCUCGUGGGGUCUCCCCCGAAGGUCACGUGACCGGCUCCAUCCUCCUCCACGCGUGUGUCAAAUAUUUUUCCAACUCGCGAUCUCAAAGCGGCGUGGCACCGUCGCUCUGCGUGGUGUACGCGCCGUUCCACGCCGACUUGAAAUCGUCGUACAUUAAAACAGGGUUCCGGUACUCGCGUCAGUCGCCGACAACGUUCCCGGACUCGCCGCGGACAACCGCCGUACGAAGGAAAAGAGCUCGAUUAUGGUGGAGCUCAUAUGGAGCGCAGCGCAGGCCCGGCUACCCUUGGCCUCCAAGUGAAGCGACCACCCCCCGCCACACCCCCCCCCCCCCCCCCAGCUGCACGCUCGCUGGAAACGCAACGAUAAACUGAUUCAAAGUAAUAUCGGUCCUCGCGCUCAUGACACGCGCGCAUGUACUCGCGUUAAACGCGAGCGUCAGAAUCCAUCGCGAACAAAUUACGGAAACGAUAUGUGAAGAAUGAGGAUGCUGUGGCAAUACGCUGAUAGGGGGCAAAUGGAGAGAACACAAAACAGCACAAAAAACCCCCAAUGGGGCCCAAAGGAGGUGGACACACGAACGAGACGGUCGAUAUUAAAAAAAAUAAGCGAUUCACAAAAAUAACUUAAACUGCAAAAAAAAGAACCAUUUGCGGACAUCGCCACCCCCCACCGCUCGCGGCAGACUCACGCCCACGUUUAGGCCGGCGAUGCGUUCACCGUGUGCCGGCACAGAGAGAGCGGUCAUCAUCCCAGUCUCCCCCGCCCGCCCCCCAGGCUCAACAACAAAAACCACAACAGUGGGACAUCGUAAUGGUUGAGAUGAGACGUGGUGAAAAAUAAGAAUAGGUUUUAUCCCUUUUCUGGCAAACAGGGUAAAGCCUAUUCUUAUUUUUCAUUGUUUUGGAUAAUGGCGAAAGGUGCCGGAGAUAUGGGAUGCGGUGAUGUGAUGCGAGCGCAUCCCGUAUAGGCAAAACCCCUAAAAUCCUUCCGAGUGAGGGACACAAAACCGUUGUGAUUCUGCGACAUGAACUGUGACCACGAACUGUGACAAUCCCGUCGCAAAUCGCCGCGCUGGCUUCACGCCCAGGGCUAUCACGAUUACCGCGCGAGAAUUAAUUUGCAAUUUGCAUCUUGAUGAUGUGUGGCACCCCUUAGUGGCUGCAGGGUUAACGGUAAUCGAGGACAUUCGCCAAAACGCCGAAUCAGAAGACCAUUCGAUUUCUGUUCACGCAAUACCACGCGCGCACCGAGUGUGCGAGAACGGUUUAUUCUCUCGUUUAAUCGCAACGUGCGCUAUCGGCGCAGAAAGCUCGCAGGGCAGUGCAUCGCCACCUGUGCUCGCUGCAAGCUAGCUGCCCGGCACUCUACUCAUUGUGAGCAUCACUCCUCCGCCCUCCGCUAUCGGCAUCAUGAGAUGAAGGACCCACUUCAGAAAGCUAGCAGGGCAGUGCAUCAUCACCCCUUUCAUGUUGGAGAAAAGCCCGUGGAAGUGGAUGUCGCAGAGCUACCUGAGAUCCCUUCAGAAAUGGCAACCAGACACAGCAGGGGGCAGCACUUUCCCAGCCGCUUGGCGUACAAGAGUGACUUUUUUUCGUAUGACAUCAAAGCCACAUGCAGUCUGUUUCUCCUAUAACACGGCAGUAGUUCCCUUCCUGAAGAACACCGCGUUUUGGACAAAAAUAAAAAAUAAUAUAUAAUAUGCUUGGUCCGCGAUACCAUGUGAGAUGCGAACGCAGGUUGAACAAAGACUGAGGCGCCAUGGAUAGCGUCUCGAAGCAUCCCAGUGCCUUGUGCGACGCGACGCCGGAGGCAGCCGUACGACCCGCUUAUUCCUACUCGCGCAGCGUAGUUCCGUUCAUUCGAUCGCGUUAUAUCCACUUUAUAACAAAAAUGUGUUACCUAAAUAAAUUGAUCAUCGCGUCACAUCCGAUUUGCGUUUUACGAAAACAACGUGCAUUUGUAGGGGAACGGACCGUAUUUAAUUUUCAGAGCUGGAUUUUUUUUAACCAAAUUAAAUGUGCUCCAGAGCCCCAGCUUAAUGGCAGGCGGUGGCUGGAACCCCCCGGAGGGGAUGCGAACCCAGGUUUCUCAGCGGUGCUGAGCCUCAUGAGCUCACACACCCCCCCAGAAGAGUGCACGUUCUCUUUUAAUCCACGAAGCCGCCGUGGAAAAAUAAUAAAAACCACACCCGGGUUUUAUUUACGAACGCUUAAGACACCGGCGCUGCUUUGCUAACACAGCGAUGUAAAAAAAUGCCUGCGCUCGGGUUAAUAGCGAGCCGUCAAUUUUGCGUUCAUACGAUGACCGUGUGGCGCGGGCGGGAGGGGGCAAAGCAAACAAACAAACCCCCACCCACAACAUUCAGCCGAUGGAGAUGACAGAGAAUAAUCGAUCCAUAAAAUGGUGAUUUAAAAAUGCUGUAUACAUACCGGUGAUGUACAAUGGAAAACACGCAAACAUCCACAAGUGCACAAACAAAGACAAAGAUCCCCCCGUAUAGCCUUAACAGACUGUUGGGGCAAGUGCUGUUAAGCGAGCACCUAUGAAGGUCAGAACGGUACACGAGGGGGUGGGUGGCCAGCACCACGACCGGCCGCCUUUGUUUCCCCAGUGGCGAUGUUUACACACCGCACCAGGUACUCAUUUGAUGCCGAGUCCACCUAGGGGAGGCCCAGGACCGGUUGAAAUACCCGUCACUGAUGUUGGCCGCGAGCGGGAAUCGAACUCGGGUCGCCGGGUUCAUAACGCAGUGCGCUAACCGCUACCCCAUAAGUGCACGCCCCCCAUCGCGCCCAUGUAAUAUUACAGACUCAUAGGGACAAUUGCAGUUGGAGAACACCUAUUAAGGCCGGCACAGCACAUGAUGGGAUGGUGUAGUCAGCGCCACGCUGAGCCUACGAGCGUGGUGCUGAUGUUCACAGAGAGCGCUGGGUAUUAAUUUGAGGCAGAGUUGACGAAAGGGAGGCCCUCGGACCAGUCCUGAUGUCGCUCGCCACUGAUAUUAGCUGCGGCCGGGAAGCAAACCCAGAUGGCCGGGGUUCAUAGGGCUGUGCUGCAAUAACCACAUCGCCACCGCUCCCCAAAAACAACAGCGAUCAUUUGCCGCGAAGUGACGGUGAUGUCACCACAGUGCUUGCGCGAGGCUAGGUGCGCUUUGAGGCCGGUAUGUAAAGUGUCGAAAGUUCGCUGGCAGGAGGUCACGGAACAAACCCAGGUGCCAUUGGUUGACUGACUGAGAUGGCUGGCAGGUGCACGCACCACCUGUGCUAUCUGCAAUCUAGCGGCCCGGCACUGUCCUCGUUGUGAGCGUCGCUCCUCCACCCAGUAGAGUCCUUGACGAGCCUCCUCCACCGAGGCUGAUCUUGACACCGCGCUGGUACGACUCAUAUGCAAAACCACUCAGCUCCACAUCCUCUUUAACUACAUCAGACCUCUUCUCUCGCCCGUGCUCACGCCUAUUUAACCCCCUCUAUCCAGCCAAAACAGAAGAUGUUUGGGCAUGCGUGGCUGGGCAUGCAGGCUACAUGAUCCAGCCAAUGCAGUCUCGCUUAUUGUAGCUCACUGAUGGGAUUGGGUCCACUCCCAACACAAACACACGCGCACACAAGCACAGUUUGUCUGCACCUGUGUGUCCGAAUAGCCCUCCCAUCGUUGAGCCCUACAGUGAACCCGGCGAUAUUGUUAUCGCCGGGUUCACUGUAGGGCUCAACGAAUAUAAUUGCGAUUUUUCUGACAGAUAUUGCGAUUGCGAUUUCAUUCGCGAUCAAAAAAAUUUUAGUCAAGCUUCAGUUCAAUAUUCACUGUGUAAUAGAUGUAAAACAUGUGAUGGAGCAUUACCACAUGAUACCAUCAAAACAGGAACUGCUCUAUAUAUUCUAAUGCAAGGAUGAGAACUUAAAAUAUAUUAAUUGCUUCCAACAUGUAUUUAUAAAAAUGUUUUAAUUGAAGUAGAACAAUCAAACAUAGCACAAUUGCUAAGUUAAAUAAAUAAAGUUAUAAUAAUAAAUAAUAAAACAAUUCCAAGAAAAAAUAUUUACUAAUUGCAUCGUUUUAAAUUGUGAUUUCGAUUUGAAAUCGAUCAAUCGUUCAUCCCUAGUUCACUGGCACCACCACCCCCGUGCCCGCUGUUGCGAUUGCCGUCCUCGAAGCGCAAUCGCACGGCAGGGUGCAGGCCAUCAGCCAGCGGUGAGGGACCUUUUCCUUCCUGAGGGCCAGACAGGACAAUCAAAUAACCUGCGUCAAAGGCGCGCUGGCAGGUCAUUAGACAGAUCCAGGAGCCGUGGGUUGACCGACUGAGACGCCUGGCAUAAUGCACCAACCUGUGCCCCCCCUCCUACUGUGCCAACUUGUGGGCCUUUGCGGCGACAGAAAAGUGGCUGAGCGAGCUGAAGUUAUAAACGCAGCGUUGCUUCCAGGUUUACAUUAUUCCCUUCUGGCACCCGAUUGGUACAACAAAAGACGCUCGCAGCGACGGAUAAAUAUCGUUUUUCCGAAGCGGAAGGCCGCCUGCGGCCGCGUAGCUUAAGGCAGUGGGCCGCGUGCGGCCCUCAGGCCGUAGGCCCAGAGACACGCCAGCCAGGGAAAGUCCUGGCAAUUGUUACCAGCAACGCAUUGGCUAGAGUAGCAAUGACGCAGAUAAACGAUGAUUCUUAAGCUUGCGAUGCACGCACGGAAUCCUGCCUGUGCUUCGGUAUUGAUGUUUUUCAAUUUGUGUUUGCUGUAGUAUAUGUAAUGGGUUUUAGAGACGGGCAAAGCAUAUUCCGUCGUGUAAUUUACACACCAAUUUUUCAUAACUGGAGAAAAUGUCAUUUAGAUAUACAUGGCUAAUUAACUUAGUGUGAUUUAGAUACAAAUUCCGAAUUAUUUUUGGGGAAGUGUAACUUAAUUACGGAUUACAAAUGUAAUGAAAUUACACAUGUUAAUGACAUGUAGGGUGGAUACUGCCGAGCUACGAUUGGGCUCUAUUAAAUUAAAAAGUAGUUUUUUUAACCAGGUAAGGCCCCACUGAGCUAUAUAGCUGUUUUUCAGAAGCGACCUGGCCACAAAUAACAGGUCAUCCAAGCGGCUUAUCACAUGGAAAUUGAAUGAAGCUAAAUACUCCAAAUGUCAGUUUCCAAAUGUGGAGGGAAAAACCGAAGAAUCCACACAACCACAGGGAGAGAAAUAAAGACACGCAAACUCCAAAUAAACAUGCGUUGUCAGGGUCCGGAUCGAACCCACGACCUCCUGCGGACCAGGCAAGGUAGUUUACAUCUCCUAGCCACCGUGUCCAGCUUGAUAGGCAACGUCGGUACCACUGCCCGUAGCAGGGAGCCGCAAUAACUCUCCGAGCGACACUCUCGUGUGAAAAUUGCGUGGCCUUUAGAAGGACUUGCCCUCGAGAAAACCCGCCACUUUGAUCAAAGCGUUGCCAAAACCUUGCAGACUUAAAAGCACUCCUCUAAAGGACUCCGUUCAAAGAUGCAGACCGCAUUUCGCCGACAGCUGCCCCGCCCACGAGUGCACCGCGGAUCAAAUACUUUCCGAGGGAAGCCGGGACGCAUCGCGAAACCCGCGCACUGCCCUGAUAUUUAUCCCUCGUUAGCGAUAGAAAGUGAGCACGCCGACCGUCGCCGGCGACUGCCGCCUUGAAACCCGCCCUGGUGUCGUCUUCGCGGCCUUUAAGACAGUGGUGCUGCCUCCUGCUGCUGUCUGCUCCUGCGGCCGUGAGCACCCACCACGGGGGUAUUAUGACCGCGGUAGCAACCGCACGGCCUUAACCGCGCCGCGGCAGCCUCAUCCAUCAACCGCUAGUUAUGGGCUGUCUCGCACAUUCCAUUACAGCUUUACUGCAGAGAAUUGCGUACGCGUUUUUUUUAAGGGUACCAUAUUCUAACAGAAACGGUGAUUUUGUUUGUUUGUUUAUGUGCCACGCCACGUCCACGCUUGCGCCACGGGGGUAGGGGAGCGGGCGCCAAGCGAGCCGAGUUUACGAGGCAACGGGGGAGCAGAAGAAGCAGACCCCGUUUGGUUUACGUGAAGUCGCAUCCGCCUACGACCACAUUCCGAUUACUCACGAGGGCUCGUCUGCUCACUCUCGCCGGCCGCUUCCGUGCCGUCAAGCAACGUCUUGCGCCCUGCUCGUCGAAACGCCCCAUUACAAUCUCGUCGUGUACCUCUCGCAAUAAAGCUGGUGGUUGUCUCA